UCUAUAUCAGAAUGGACUUGGUUUAUCAUUAGAAGGUGAUUCACAUGAUGUACACAGCUCAUCGUCGCGUGGCACCUAGAGUUGUCUGCCACAAGCACUGUUAUACACGUGUCCACAAUCGCAAUGUGGGACUACCAACUUUUAGUAAUGGAAUCCGCCUGGAAAAUUCAGUUCUAUCCCAUUACGCUGGCAGUGUAACACCAGUUUAUGACCACGGUACUAUGAUUCCAGGGUCAUGUACAUCACAUACAUCUUCGUUGGUAACUAAAUGUAUUUUUAACUUGGAAACUAGAUCACUUCAUCGCGGGAAUCAUAGGUAUAUGUCAACAGCUGCCACAUCUCGUUUAUCAUGGCGUGACCACGUUGACGAAGCCAGGCGUGCAAUUCGUGAAUCUGACUUCGUAGCCCUAGAUGUGGAAUACACUGGGUUACACUUGAAAGACGACCGAUAUGUAGGUUUAGACAAGUGUUACGAAGCUCACGCUUCCGGUGCUAAGCAGUUUAUACCAUGCCAGGUUGGUUUAACUGCUGCACGUUACAUGGGCGAUAAUCUCUGGAGUAUACACCCGAUGUCGGUUUAUACUCUCCCAUCCAGUAACAAGUUCUUCAAGGUCAGUACCAGCACUCUCCAAUUCCUGAAGGACAACAAUUUUGACUUCCACAGUUGGAUUCAUCAUGGUGUUGAGCACUUGACUCCCAGUGAGGAAAGUGAUUUGAAAUUUGCCAUUGAGCAACGCAAGAAGGAACUCGAUCACAUGUUACAGCAGGCACCACCAGAUACCGCUGUGAAGGGUGUCGAUUUUGAUUUAUCGUCGUUAGGUGCCGAUGACCGAUUGAUGGCUGAACGUACUAUUGAGCGAAUACAGACGUGGAUAUCUGAUGGUACCAGUGCUCCACUGGAGAUUGAGAUGGAGAGUGCGUUCCAGCGGUUGUUAAUGCAUACUAUAAUAGGACAACAGUUUCCACAGGUUUAUAGCCACUCAGCACGUCGCGGCGAUGAGAGGGUCAUCUGUGUAUACAAAUCGCAAAUUGAACUCUAUAAGGAGCAGCUGUCAACAUUGGAAACUGAUAUUGAGCGCAUAAACGAGCAGAUAGGCGUUCGUGUAUUAUUCGAUGAAAUAGUCAACAAUGGUAAGAUACUGGUUGGGCACAAUUGCUUUUAUGACAUACUGCACGUCUACCAGACGUUUUAUGGCGAGCUGCCAGAAGGCGUUGAAGAGUUCCGUAAAAGCUGGACUGAGCGCUUCCGAAAUACAUUUGAUACCAAGUACAUUGGUGAGUUCCAUGAAUCUGUGGCUGCGCCGCAGCAUUCAGCAACGCUUCGCGGGCUGUUUGACCACAUGUGUUCAACGGAAUCCGCUAAUAAAGCAGGACAGCGUUUCCGGGUGCAUACUUUACCCGGGACUUCGUGGCAUCUACCUUCAACGGUACUCCCACUGCUGGAUAAUGGUACCAGUACCGAUAUAUCCACCAAUACGGGUAAAACAACUCAAUCGCACGAUGCUGGCUAUGACAGUUUCAUGACAUGCCUGGUAUUCAUACUUCAGUGUGACCGUAUUCUAAGGUCGAAACACCUCAAGUGGGAUAGACUAGCAUCAGAUGGUACUGACCACCUUGAUCACAAUACACUCCUGGACAACCUGAGCUCAGUAAGUAACUGCAUUCGCUUGGUAAAAUCGCAACCUAACGCCAUUAACCUAUCAAGUAUACGACAGAGUGAUAUGGCACGCUACUUCUUAAUGUCAGGCUACCCUAAUUCAUGGCGUAAGUGGGAUAUUAUGAAAGUGUGGUCGCCGCUCUGGGUGUCAGUUAGCGUCAUCGACGACAGUUCAUGCUGGAUAAUAGUGAAGAACGACGAAGAUAUUCGGAACAUUGGAUUAAUCUAUCGGAUGAUGAAGAAUCCCCAAUUUCGAUUACAGACUUAUGAGCAGUCACGGCAGUCGUCGGAUAACAUCGCCGAACCCAAAACCUCGUAGGUAUAGACUCCUGGUUAAUCUGUUAUUAUGUCUACUGUAUAGAGCCA